UCUGCAAAGUUCCACAUCGGUCUCAAACCCCAACCCAAUUCCCAAUUCAUUCAUUUACUGAAUGCAGCAUUUUCGAACGGAACGGGGCGUGAUUGGUCCAUUGGCCGAUGAACAUUGAGGUGAAAUCCAAAUUAUUGGUAGUGAUUUUGUUGGUUGAUGUCAUUUCGCUCAACGUGAAUCAUAAAAUAUCAUAACAAAAAGUCGAAACUGAAAAAUGUCUUCAAUCCGUAUGAAGGCAGCAAAAUGCCCCUCAGAUGAACUGGCAAUUACAAAUUGUGCUCUCAUAAACCCUGAUGAUUUUCCAAGUGAUGUCAAACAUAUUGAAAUAUCAACGGGACCCUCUCAGCAUUUCGUAUUCAGUGUUAGAUUUUACAGUGGAGUGGACAGAGGAACUGUUGGAUUUUCAGCUCCACAGAGGAAAUGGGCAACACUAUCCAUUGGACAGCCAAUAGAUGUCAGGAUUUUCAAGCCUCAAAGUGCAGAAUGUCUUUGCAGUGUUACACUGGAAGCUGACUUUAUGCUGAAGAAAACAACAUCAAUGGAGCCAUACGACUCCGAGCAGAUGGCGCGUGACUUCCUCAUCCAGUUUUCGAACCAAGUGUUCACUGUGGGCCAGCAGUUGGCCUUUGCCUUCCAAGACAAGAAAGUUCUAUCGUUGAUCGUCAAGAACUUAGAAGCCGUGGACGUCCAAGCUCUGGCGUCCGGCGCGAACGCAGUACCACGCCGUGUCAAAUUGGGACGACUGUUGCCUGACGCGUGCAUCCAGUUCGAUAAGGCUGAGAACUCAUCGUUGAACCUUGUCGGAAAAGCUAAGGGGAAACAGCCACGACAGUCGAUCAUAAAUCCUGACUGGGAUUUCGGUAAAAUGGGCAUCGGCGGUCUGGACAACGAAUUCAACGCGAUAUUCCGAAGAGCUUUCGCAUCCCGUGUGUUCCCACCCGAAGUAGUUGAGCAACUGGGUUGUAAGCACGUGAAAGGUAUUCUUCUGUAUGGCCCACCUGGUACUGGUAAGACACUGAUGGCUCGUCAGAUUGGGAAGAUGUUGAACGCCCGUGAACCGAAGAUUGUCAAUGGGCCGCAAAUAUUGGACAAAUAUGUUGGUGAGAGUGAGGCCAACAUUCGACGCUUGUUUGCAGACGCCGAGGAAGAGGAGAAAAGGUGCGGUCCAAACAGCGGCCUGCAUAUCAUAAUAUUUGACGAGAUCGACGCCAUUUGCAAAGCCAGGGGCUCGGUUGGCGGGAACACAGGCGUGCACGAUACUGUCGUCAACCAGCUGCUCUCCAAGAUUGAUGGCGUGGACCAACUGAACAAUAUCCUGGUGAUCGGCAUGACGAACAGACGCGACAUGAUUGACGAGGCCCUGAUGCGACCUGGUCGAUUGGAAGUACAGAUGGAGAUCGGACUACCUGAUGAGAAGGGCAGGGUUCAGAUCCUGAAUAUUCACACUAAACGCAUGCGCGAGUAUAAGAAGAUUGCCGAAGAUGUGGACUCUAAGGAAUUGGCUGCGUUGACUAAGAAUUUCUCCGGUGCGGAACUUGAGGGUUUGGUUCGUGCCGCGCAGUCGACCGCUAUGAACAGGCUGAUCAAGGCUUCAAGCAAAGUGGAAGUGGAUCCCGAGGCGAUGGAGAAACUGAUGGUGGAACGCACUGACUUCCUUCAUGCGCUCGAGAAUGACAUCAAACCGGCAUUUGGUACAGCAGCGGAAGCUCUAGAACAUUUCCUAGCUCGCGGUAUCAUCAACUGGGGAUCGCCUGUGUCUACCGUGUUAGAGGACGGACAGUUAUACAUACAACAGGCGAGGGCCACAGAAGCUAGUGGUCUAGUAUCAGUGCUGCUAGAGGGUCCCCCUAACAGCGGCAAGACAGCGCUCGCAGCUCAGCUGGCGAAGCUCUCGGACUUCCCCUUCGUCAAAGUCUGCUCCCCAGAGGACAUGAUCGGAUUCACCGAGUCUGCGAAGUGCCUGCAGAUAAGAAAGUAUUUCGACGACGCGUACCGUUCGAGCCUCUCGUGUAUCCUGGUGGACAACAUUGAGCGGCUGCUGGACUACGGGCCAAUCGGUCCACGUUACUCCAACCUCACGCUGCAGGCUCUGCUCGUGCUGCUAAAGAAACAACCGCCCAAGGGACGCAAGCUGCUCAUCCUGUGCACCAGCAGCAGGAGGCAAGUGCUAGAGGAUAUGGAGAUACUGUCGGCGUUCACUGGUGUGCUGCACGUGCCCAACCUGUCGCAGCCGGAACACGUCAUGUCCGUCCUAGAGGAGAGCGACGCCUUCACCAAGCGGGACUUGAACAAGAUACAGCACGAGCUGAGGGGAGCCAAGAUUUUCAUCGGCAUCAAAAAGCUUCUCGCACUUGUGGACAUGGUUAAACAGACUGACGAAGAGAACAGAGUCUUCAAAUUCCUUACGAAGAUGCAAGAAGAAGGCGGCCUAGAUCUGGGCACUACUAUACAAUAAGAAUCGCUUCAACCUUAGGGAUUACAUUAUAUGCAUACCACGCGCACGCCUUCGUCCAACACAAACACACUUUCAUUAAAAUUUAAUCGAGCUACAGAAUGUUCGCCUUGCGCUUCCGACUUGAGAAGCUACGAGAUAGACUAUGAUGACAUUAGUGAGUGCACCGAAACAAACCCAGACUCUUAUAGAAAUGUCCGGACGGCCAAAGGAAAUGAAGUGUCUCCAACAAAAAUGCCUCUAAUGAGAAUUCGCAGUGUCGAAAUUGUAUUUGAAGAUGACUUAUCAACAUACACUGAUACAGGGCUGUUAGACCGAAGUCUAGAGUUGGUUCUGUCUGAUAGCGACGAUUCUACCAAAUGCGUGGAUGAUUUGGAACAUUUGCAAGUCGAAAGAGAUGAAAGCGACGAAUCGGUCACUUUGAACGCAAAUAUUGAACUAUGCGAUUAUAAUUCAAGCUCAAAUAAUGUUUUAGAUCAAGUUGAUGAUAUUGAAGUGAUUGAUGAAGUUCCAAUGGAUUCACUUACAGGCAGCGAAGAUACUUUAUCUCUUAAUGCCUCAGAAAUAGGUGAUUCAGGAAGGUUCACUGAGGAUGCUUGUUCGUCGCGCGUCGAAGUCGCUUUGCCCUUGUAUAAAGAUGCUUCGCUUUCUAAUAUAUUUGAUGCUGUCAAUACUGAGGAUAAUGUUGAAACAAACAACAUGUGUAUUGAAGAACAGAGAAAGCUGCAUGAUUAUGUGGAAAGCAACAGUGAGAGUUCUGAGGAUACGGCAAUUAUUGAAGAUAGAGAAUCUGGUGUGAAGUAUUUAACCCCCCUACAUGAUGUUCCCACUGACGAAGAUCCAGAGCUAUAUGACAGUUAUGACCUGCAGUAUGAUUCCUUUGUAGAUUUGGGAAAAUUUUAGUAUUCUGUGUAUAAGUGUUACGUUUAUUGUGUUAUGUUAUUAUUUGUUAUUGUAUAUUUGUUUUGUAAAUAGUAAUUGUGUUUGUAUAGUUGUGUUAUAAAUAUUGGCAUAAAUAUCCCUUAAUGGACUAAACACAGGCUUAUGCACAGAUGGCUCGGUGGUAUGCAGAUCUGUGAAUCAUGUCAUAUCUACAUAUUACUAUUAGAGCUUUCUUUGUAAAUAAUUUUCUUGUAGUAUAAUUUGUUUUGUAGAUAGUGACAUGAUCACAGAAAUCCUGGGGUUGUAUGUAGGCAAUAGCUGAAUUAUGGAUAGUGUAGGUAUAUUCUCACAGCGAAAUUUAUUUAUUGAAUCAUUAGCUUAAUGCUGUUUGAAUGUAUUAUAUGGUGCAUUUUAUGCAUAUUAUAUUAUUAUUAUAAGAGAAGAAAUAAAAUGCGUAUAUACAGGAUUUUAUGUAAGCCACUAUCUCGAAAGACAGUCUUGCUAUGUUAAUUAGAAACACACGCUGCCCGGGUUUUAUUGCUGGCCAAACCCGAUUUUAGCCCAAACUAGUUUGUCACAAGCCAAAAACAUCAUCCUACAUGUGUCAUACAAAUGGAUUCAGUUAAAAUGCUAGCUUGGAUUAUGAUAUUCUAGUUAACGCUGUUAUAUCAAACUAGGCAAUCUUUUAUCAUACUACACGCAUGCGAGACAAAUGUUUACAGGUUUCAACCUGUUUAUUUCGUCACUUGCUUAAAUGAGUCGUGCCAAAGUCGAACUUAUCCUCGGCCAAACUUGAUCCUGACACAUGUAUGUGUAAUCAUUCUGCUGAUAUGGCCUAGGACAAUUAGUUUGGUCUUAAAUCAUUUAAAAUAUAUUUUCUAGGAGAAGAAAGAAUAGUGUGCGUUUAUAAGUAGUAAGUAGGUGGGAGGCUCCUUUGCACAGGAUGCCGGCUAAAUUAUGAGUGCCACAAUGGCGCCUUUUUCUGCCUUGAAACAGUCAUGUGUAAACAUUAUCGUGUUACGGUCUGAAGGUCGCCUUAGCUAGUGAAAUUACAGGGCUAAUGAGACUUCUUAUGUCCCAUGGUGACGAGCGCAAUUUUAGUGCCGCUCAGAAUUUUUGGGUUUGUCAAGAAUCAUGAGCAGCACUGAAUUUUAAUGGCCAGGGCGUAUUAAUUACCAUCAGCAGAACGGCCUGCUCGUCUCGUCCCUUAUUGUCAUAAAAAACACAUUGAGGUUUAUUAAGAUAAGAGAAAGAAAGGCAGCUAGUGUUUGGUUAUAAUGAUGAUGAUGUCCGCUGGCUAUGGCGACCCAUGCUUAAUUGUUGUUGGCAAACCCAAACUUAAUCUGUAACGUUCGUUCACCUAUCGCGCAGUACAGCUGGCAUGUACAUUAUCCGUCUAGUGGUACGAGGUCUUAGUAGUUAGGAGGGUGGAAAGCUUUCAAAUUCGGCUUCGAAAAGCGAGCAUCGUCAAACAUUGUUACGUUGAGCGCCUAAAACGGUCGAUUAUAAGCCUCUUCUUUUCAUUUAUCGUCGGAACACUGCAUGCUAUUCGAUUGCGUUUUAUUCUGUCAUUUAAAAAAAUAUAAUAUUAUGUGCUUGUAUUUUUUGUUAUAAGAACUAUUAAUACUCAUUGUUUGGGUUAAGAACUGAUUCCAAGAUGCGGCUGUAUAUUUUCUAACGACAGCCUUGUGCUUCACAACAACAACGUUCCCCGUACCACGAAGAUCAGUGCGCGCAGCGAUAAUCGCCUGACAUACAAAUUGCUAUAGUCUAGCGGCAGUCGUUACUCCGAGGUAUUUCGUAAUACUUCUCAACUCUCGGCGAACAGACUAUCGUACUGCGAUGAUACGUGUUUCACAUUAAAUCCUGUAUGUAACAUUAAUUAUAUUGCAAAUAUUAUUAUUAACUUGUUGACUAUAGUUAAAUAGCUGUUGUGAAUGCUAAAACAAACAGUUCAAUUAUAUAAAAUUGUCACGUGCUAGUCUUUAUGUAUUCUAGUAGGUAAUUAAUAAUUAUUGAGAAAAAAAUCUAAUUACACUUAGUAGUGCUUCUCGUCGAUUUUGCUGUUUAAUAUUAAAGAACAUAAAGUUCAAUUAUUAAUAUAUUAAAUGUUUAUUGAAAUAUAUGUAUUUAAAGCUUGUUGUUCUCUAGAUGAUUAAGUGUGCAAUAAUUGCUUGAUAUAUGAUAUAAUUAAGACAUUCCAAAAGUAAAUAAAUUUGAUUAUUUGCUAAAUAAAAUGUGGUUUCAAAUCAGUUAAAACUAUUUGAAUGAUAAUUUGGCAGACAUAAUUGCGGAUAUAUUUACUGAAGCAAAUGAGGGAAUUUGAGCCAAUAUGGAGAAACAGAUGCGUCUAAAGUCUAAACCAAAAACUAAGUAUAUAGCGUUAUAGACGAACCCUGUGUGAGAGUGAGAUAACUAUCCUUACCCAAAAACCCAAGUGUGAAAGAGACGGGAUAGGUAACAAACCGUUUUUAAAACAAUUUAGUUUCCAUUAGUCUCCUGUCAAAUUGGAGCGUGUCCUCUCAUCUUAGUGUUUUUAUCGUAACUUUUUGUGUGUUUAAUGGAUAUUAAUUAAAAAAUAGAACGGUGUCGUGUUCUGUAUUAGAUUGUGUUGUUAUAUACAGCAACAAUCCAAAUAAAGAAAACAUUUCACAGGUCAGAUUUUGGUGGGGUUUAUUUUCGUAGAAAAUAUUUACUAAAAUAUUAUUUUCUAAAGAUUAUAUUAAUCUUAAAAAAUAUGUGUCAGAUAAUAAAAUAUUGUAUACGUGAAUAUGACGCUGUUUAUCAAUAUGUGUCAUAGGGAUUUACUAAAAGCAAAAUACUAAAACAGCUGUAGCACACAUGAAUAUGUUAAAUUUAGUCGCGCAAUGAUCAGGAGAGUGUUUGUCUAUGACACUAGUAUACUAAGUCUAAGGUCUAAAUAACAUAAUAUUGUUAUUCCAGAAAAUAAAUUAUGUUCACUACAUUGUCCUAACGGCGAACGAAAUUUAUUGAAAUUAUAAAAAAAAACAACUAAAUCAUGGGAAAAUUGUUAAUAUGGCUACUUAGUGCCGUAUUAAAGACUUCUCUUGACUUGGUGAUAUUAAUAGACAAAAUAAUGCCAAAUACUUUUUUUUUAUACUUCAAAUUUUGGCAACAAUCGUAAAGUUUUCACUUUAUGUGUAUUUAUAUAAAAUAUUAUUCCUACUGUCGCGAAUAAUUAAUAUAAUUCGAAUUAUAGAAGACUUAGGUCGAUAUCUACUUAGACUUUCUGAAUUUAUUUACCUAAAGUUUAGCUGAGUGUGAUAAAACGCGAAGACAACUUUUGCAUUAGGUUGUCUAAUUUCGUUUUGCUGCGUUUGGCUGGAAUUUCAGCAGUCAAGUGACUAUAAAAAUGAAAUCAAAGAUUAUGCUCAGCUUACACACUCAGCUAAGUUUUACGUAAGUAAAGUCUGAGCAAAGCCAUACGAUCUAUAGAUCUCAGCCUUAGAAAGGUGCCGUGCCAAAGUCUUUAGACGGCCAUCACUAAAAAAAUUGUUAUUGAAUUAUUUCAUUCACAUGAAAUUUUGUUUUUGUGAUCAUCCAAAUCAUUUUCAAAAUCUGCAAGAAUAUAAUUUGAAGGACUAAGGAAGAAAUAAUGAAAAUGAAACUAUUUGAUAGAUACCUAAAUCAUAGUGGUUCAUUUAAAAUGUCUGUCCUGUUAAUCGUUUAGCUCUCUCGUUUUUUUUAAUGAAUCUGCGCUUGACGUUAUUUGAACUGAGCAAAUAAAUAUAUACAAAAUACAUAAUAUAACUGCCAUUCUACCUUUAACUGUUUUGAAUACACAAUGUUAUCUUACGACGAAACAAUAUCUCUUUUGCGUGCAGCAUAAGGUCGAGUUUCGCUUAAUAGUGGUGCAAAUUAAAAUCACGUUUACAUUAUUAUAUAAGAACUCAAUUGAAUUCUUAAGUACAAAAUAGUUUGUCUUGAAUGUGUAGAGUUUAUUGAUUCAUUUGUGAAAAUACAUAUACGGCGUAACUAUACAUAAUCAGAUUGAUAUUGAUUUUAAUGCCGUGUUGUAUUUUUUCAAAUUUUGAUGAUCUGUUGGUAAAAGUAAUAAAAUCUUCGGAAAUCAG